AUGGCUGAAACUAACCAGACAAUUAUUCUCAUCACGGGGGCAAAUACCGGCAUCGGCUGGGAGACUGUAAAGACUCUCCUUCAGUCAAAUCGCUCCUACCAUGUUCUCAUGGGGACCCGAGAUCUACAGAAGGGACAGGAGGCUUUAGCGUCACUAAAGGAUAUCAUUUUCAACACUAAGAGCACUACUGAGCUGCUCCAGAUUGAUGUCUCGAGUGAUGAGUCGAUAUCAAAGGCUUUCGAUUUGGUUCAAGCUACUCACGGACACGUCGAUGUGCUAUUGAACAAUGCAGGAAUCGCAUUGGAUGCUGAGCUUGUGUUUGGCGACAUCACUAUGCGUGAGGCCUGGAACAAGUCCUAUGACGUUAAUGUGUCCGGACCAAAUAUCUUAACCCAUGCUUUUGCUCCUCUCCUGCUCAAAUCCUCUGACCCUCGACUGAUCUUUGUCAGUAGCGGGUUGGCCAGUCUUGGGCGGAUGAGCGAGGCGCAUUAUCCGGCACCCCCGCCUAUUCCGGCCGGCUGGCCGAAGAAAGGUGCAUAUCUCCCAAGCUCUUACCGGGCCAGCAAGACCGCUCUGAAUAUGGCGAUGCUAUCGUGGCACUGGAUAUUGAAGGAGGACGGGGUCAAGGUGUGGUGUGUGGAACCAGGUUUCCUCGCGACGGGGCUUGGAGGAGAGAGAGCGGCAAAAUCCAGGAGUGGCGCUGGACAUCCAUCGAGUGGUGGGAAGCUCCUUGUGACUGUUAUUGAAGGCGAUAGAGAUGCUGAAGUUGGCAAGGUCGUCAACAGGGGAGGUAUCCAGCCAUUUUAA